CAUUUCCGUUUCCGCUUCAACCGGAUUUGUUUGUCUCAACGUGUUAAGAUGUUUUGUUAAGAUGUAAUCUAUUAGGAAAUUUAACACUGUCAAUAGGAUAUUUGUUAAUGAAACAUAAUGUCAACAUUCCAAGAAUAUAUUCAGUCAAAUGAAGAUAGAGAUGGAGUUCGAUCAAGUUGGAAUCUAUGGCCUUCGAACAAAGUUGAAGCUGCAAAGAUCGUAGUACCUGUCAGCUGUUUGUACUCUCCCCUUAAGGAACGACAGGACCUUCCGCCUAUACAAUACGAACCAGUUCUUUGUUCUAAGCAACAAUGUCGAGCAGUUUUAAAUCCUUAUUGCCCAGUGGACUACAAAAGCAAAACAUGGAUAUGUAUUUUCUGCUCUCAAAGAAAUACGUUUCCAUCCCAGUACGCUGGCAUUUCGGAACAACAGCAACCGGCUGAAAUAAUUCCGCAAUAUACAACUUUAGAGUACACUCUAGCACGUUCUGCCGUAAAACCUCCUGUAUACAUCAUUGUGUUGGAUACAUGUAUGGAUACAAGUGAUUUGCAAUCUGUAAAAGAAUCAUUACAGAUGUCAUUGUCAUUACUUCCACCUAAUUCUUUAGUUGGUUUGAUUACUUAUGGAAAGAUGAUUCAAGUUCACGAAUUAGACGCUAUAGACGGCUUCUGUAAAAGCUAUGUUUUUAGAGGAACAAAAGAGUUGACCUCCAAGCAAAUUCAAAGUAUGUUAGGUUUACGCUCGGGAAACGUAAACUUUAAAAAUGCGUCAGAUGCCGCACCAGUUGGUCCAGAAGGAUAUCAGACAUUACCUAUUAAUAAAUUUGUUCAACCAAUUGGUAAAGUAGAAAUGUUAUUAACGGAUAUUAUUGGACAAUUGCAACCGGAUCCUUGGCCAGUAUUGCAGGGUAAACGAUCCCUGCGUUGCUCUGGAGCUGCCCUUUCGAUAGCAGUCGGCCUUUUAGAAAGCACUUAUUUAAAUACAGGGGCGAGGGUUUUGUUUUUCGCUGCUGGACCAUGUACCACUGGUCCUGGUGCUGUUGUUGGAGAUGAUUUGAAGCACCCAAUUAGGUCUCAUCACGAUAUUGAAUCGGAUAACGCAAAGUUUAUGAGAAAAGCCAUAAAAUUUUACGAUACUCUGGCACAAAGAGCUGCGACAAAUGGACAUUGCAUUGAUAUUUAUAGCUGCGCUCUUGACCAAACGGGUCUUUUAGAAAUGAAAAACCUAUCUAAUUUUACUGGUGGGCAUAUGGUCAUGGGAGAUUCUUUUACAACGUCAUUGUUUAAGCAGUCAUUUCAGAAAGUUUUUGGUAGGAAUGCUGCAAAUGAUUUAAAAAUGGCUUUCAACGCAACGAUAGAUAUUAAAACAUCGAAAGAAAUAAAAGUACAAGGUUGCAUUGGAUUAUGUACAUCAUCAAAAGUGGCCGGAAAUAAUGUGUCAGAUAAUGAGUUAGGAAUGGGUGGUACCAAUCAAUGGCGAACGGGUUCUCUUUAUCCAAAUUCAAGCUUUGCAUUUUAUUUGGAUAUUGUUAAUACUCAGGCUGUACCCCAAGGUGCCCGAGGAUAUGUUCAAUUUAUAACGCAAUUUCAAAAUUCCCAAGGCCAAAAGAAGAUAAGAGUAACAACAAUAGCUAGAAAUUUUGUGGACGGAACUGGAAACUCUCUGCAUUUGGCGUCUAGUUUUGAUCAAGAAGCAGCCGCAGUACUUAUGGCACGUAUCGCUGUCUUUAAAGGGCAAAAUGAUCAAGGAGCUGAUAUUAUUAAGUGGACUGAUAGAACCCUUAUUAGAUUAUGCCAGCGUUUCGGACAAUUUAACAAGGACGAUGCGGUCAGCUUUAAACUAUUGGAUCAGUUUACUCUUUAUCCCCAAUUUAUUUUUCAUUUGAGAAGAUCGCAAUUUCUUCAAGUCUUUAAUAAUUCUCCUGAUGAGACAUCAUAUUAUAGACAUUGUCUUCUGGCAGAAGAUACUUCUCAAAGUUUAACGAUGAUUCAGCCGAUUCUAUACGCUUAUUCGUUUAAUGGUCCUCCCGAACCGGUCCUCCUCGAUACAUCUUCCAUAACUCCAGAUCGAAUUUUACUUAUGGAUACUUUCUUUCAACUAUUAAUCUAUCAUGGUGAGACAAUUCAUGCUUGGAGAAAAGCAAACUAUCAAGAGAAGCCUGAAUAUGACAACUUUAAGCAGCUAUUAGAAGCUCCAGUCAAUGACGCACAGGAAAUUCUACAAACUAGAUUUCCAAUGCCUCGUUAUAUUGACACUGAAGCAGGAGGAUCCCAAGCAAGAUUUCUAUUGUCGAAAGUUAAUCCAUCUAACACACAUAAAAACGCUUUCGGAUAUCAGCAGGAUGGCGGUCAAGUUUUAACAGACGAUGUAAGUCUUCAAGUUUUCAUGGAUCAUUUAAAGAAGUUAACAGUCUCCUCUUCUUGA